ACUUAGCCAUUGCUGCCGCCGUGCAACGUUCUCAACCACUCAAGCCCACCGCACAAGGCCUGAGCCUGUUGCAGUUCACAAUCCGAGUGAACAAGUCCCACCAACACGAUCCAAAAGACCUGGAGACCUUCAUCAUUGACCAUGCUCAACAUCGAGCUGCCUGAACACGAGACCGUCAAGGCCGAUAGCGGGUCUCCAUCGUCUCCGUCCCAUACCCCACAAGCCGAUGGAGACCAGGACUUCACCGCGUUUCUGGAGAUCGGAUCGCCCUACGGCUUCAAGCACGACGUGCACAUCCACUACAACUUCCAGGAAGCAAGAUUCGAGGGGAUCCCGGACAACUUUGCCGACUAUUUGGUCUCCGGAGCCUCGGAACGAGGUCGUGCAGACACUAUCUGCUCCAUGGACACGUCGGUGUCCCAAGACUUGAAGGGCAUUCGUCGGUCCAAGCGGACACGUACAAGCUCUGCCCCUAUCGGUCGUAUGAGCUUGUCCAGUAUGAUCGCGAGUAUGGACCCGAUCAACAGCAACGACCCCGUGCGGAUAAUGAACCAGCACUUCAAACUACCAUUCCGACAAGUUCCACGGGUGGCUGUUCCUGGGUACGAGGAGAGAGUCCCCGCCGUGCUGGUCAUGCUGCAACAGCACUUCGUUGCUAAACGAGGGUACAUGACUCCUCACAUCUUUCGUGAGUCACCCAGUAAGGACGAACGAGAUCAAGCUAUGCUCGAUAUCAACUGCGGAGCUUUCCGAGGAGGGAAGCACGACGUUCGGGUGCUGGCCGACCUCAUCAAGCUCUGGUUCCGUGAACUACCAGUGCCUAUUUUGCAUGAAAUACCUGCAGGCGAGAUGGAACGCUUAGCGUCGGCUGAGAAUGUUGAAGUCGAAGUGUUGAGCCUCUUAGGAGAUCUGGAGUGCAGCAUCGUGCUGUGGUUAGCAGACUUGCUGGCGUAUGUAGCCGAAUAUCAACCGCACAACCACAUGGGUGUAGAUCAACUAGCCAUUGUCAUCGCACCAAACCUCGUGCGUCUUGAGACGGAGAACCCCAUGGUUGCUGUAGCGCUCUCCAAAGCCGCCGUCGAUCUCUUCCGAAGUGUCCUACGAGCUCGAUUCCAGCGUCGUCUAGAGUUGAAGGCCACUAGAGUCAUCGAGGACGAGGACUAAGACGACCAAGUCGACUCCCAUGUCUAUGAUCCUCAAGCGAAUCCUGAUAGCUUACAUCUAUGUAUUAGCUCAAGCGAGCAAAGUAGCGACUGCAUGUAGCCGAUGAUCAUAAUCUAGUGUGAAAUUUGUCUUUGAGUUUUGGCAA